AUGGUGACUCUAAAUGGGCAUCGAGAUGUGAUGCGAGAGAUGAAUCGAGAGGGGUCUCGACAAGUGCCUCAAGUGCCUCAAGAGAUGACUCAACGGGGGUCUCGAGAGGUCACUCGACAGGUGCCUCGAGAGGUGACUCGAAAGGUGUCUCGAGAGGUGACUCGAAAGGGGUCUCGAGAGGUGACUCGAGAGAUGACUCGACAGGGGCCUCAAGAGAUGACUCGAAAGGGGUCUCGAAAGGUGACUCGAAAGGGGUCUCGAGAGGUGACUCGAGAGAUGACUCGAAAGGGGUCUCAAGAGGUGACUAGAAAGGGGUCUCGAGAGGUGACUCGAAAGGGGUCUCAAGAGGUGACUCGAAAGGGGUCUCGAGAGGUGACUCGAAAGGGGUCUCGAGAGGUGACUCGAGAGAUGACUCGAAAGGGGUCUCAAGAGGUGACUAGAAAGGGGUCUCGAGAGGUGACUCGAAAGGGGUCUCGAGAGGUGACUCGAGAGAUGACUCGACAGCCAAUUCGAAAGCCAACAAGACCCCUCUACCCAAUUGCUGGAACUACAAGCUUUGGCUCAGACGAUGGAAGUUCUUCUCAAAUUCCCCUGCAACGACCUUUUGUGUAUUUCGGACGGUCGUAUAAUCAGAUUUAUGUAAACCACAAUGGACACCUGACCUUUAACGCACCAUGGAGUCGUUUCACACCUCAAAGGUUUCCAUUGCAUGGAUCCAGAGACAUCAUCGCUCCAUUCUGGACACAUUUAGACAACAGAAGAAAUGGUCGGAUCUACUACAAUCAAUACACCCGCGGCAGUGUCCUCCAACAAGCUACACGAGACAUUAAUGGGUACUUCCCAGAGUUGAACUUCAAUGCCAACUGGGUCUUUGUUGCAACAUGGUAUAAGCUGGCCUACUUUCCAAAUACUGGAACGCAAACAACAGUCCAAGCAGUCCUGAUCUCUGGUGGCCGGUACUCAUUUGUGCUGAUGAACUACGGGAGGAUAGCCGUAACAACUCGUAGAGUACAGGCUGGAUUUGACACAAUCGACUCCAAACAUCAUUUCAUCAUCCCUGGAUCGUUUUCUAACACUGCAACAGGCAGUAACUCAAAUUUCCGCCUGAACAGCAACGUCAAUGAACCCGGUCGCUGGGCUUUUCGCACUGACCAUGGAUCAAGAGGCUGCACUUUCAAUGGUCAACCGGUGCAGCUGGGUGACUCAUUCUGGAGCGACACAACCUGUGCACAGAAGUGCACCUGCACCUCAGUAGGCCUGCAGUGUCACAGCCAACCCUGCUCCUUUUCCCAAAUCUGCAGACCUACUGCCUUUCAGUUCUCCUGCCAGACGGUGCAGAGAGGCACGUGCACCAUAAGGGGUGAUCCACAUUACUAUACCUUCGAUAACAGUGUAUUUCACUUUCAGGGCACCUGCACUUAUGUUCUCUCUGAACAAUGUGGUCGUGGGUUGCCCUACUAUAGAGUAGAGGGCAAAAACGAGCACCGGGGCAGCACUCGAGUCUCUUGGACACGACUGGUAAAAGUGCAUGUCUAUAAUGAAACAAUCGAGCUUGUCAAGGGGCAUCGUGGUGAGGCUAAGGUUAAUGGAGUCUUUGCAGCCACUCCGAUCUCUCUUAGCAAUGGCACUGUCCAGGUUUAUGAGUCAGGUUUUUCUGUGAUCAUCACCACUGAUUUUGGCUUGGAAGUAUCCUAUGACACCUACCAUUACGUUAGGAUCAGUGUGCCCUACACUUACCAGAAUGCAACGUGUGGCCUGUGUGGAAACUUCAACAAUAAUCCCAGAGAUGACUUUCGAACCCCCCAAGGCGAGGUUGUGAGCUCUGAUGUGGUUUUUGCCAACAGUUGGCAAGCCUCAGGAUAUGAUGAGCCUGGUUGUGAGUCGCAGUGUGGAGGUCUGGACUGCGCUGCAUGUACAGCGGAUCACAGAGUAUUGUACAGCAAUACUGCCCAUUGCGGUAUCCUCCAGAGUAGUUCUGGACCUUUUGCUGCUUGCCAUGAACAACUUCCCCCACAGACCUUUGUGGAGAGUUGUGUGUUUGAUCUGUGUGUUGGAGGCGGGUACCAACCCAUUCUGUGCCAAGCCCUAAAUGUGUAUGCAAGUCAGUGUCAACUGAAUGGUGUACAGCUGCCAAGCUGGAGGAGACAAGACUUAUGUGAAAUCAUAUGCCCAGCCAACAGUCACUUUGAGUCCCAAGGCACAGGAUGUCCAGCUACCUGUGUCCAUCCCAAUUCCACAUACAACUGCCCCCUUCCUGCCCAGGAUAGUUGCAUCUGCAAUUCAGGCUACAUCCUUAGUGCUGGGCUCUGCGUCCCUCAUGCUGAGUGUGGCUGCAGCUUUGAUGGUCGUUACUACCGCUCUGGAGAAACUGUAAUACUAGACGAGGACUGUGGGAGACGUUGCAGUUGCAGUAUUGGCUCCAUGACUUGCAGCUCCCUUGGUUGUGGCCCACAUGAGUCUUGCAGGGUGAAGGAGGGAGAAAGAGGAUGCAGACCCAACAGCAAUGCAACAUGCUGGAUAAGGGGCCCAGGGUCUUAUCAGACAUUUGAUGGACUGACCUACCAGUAUCCUGGGGCAUGUCGAUUGACCCUUGCCAAAGUGAUGGGAUUGUCUAAUCACCCGCACUUCAUAGUGACAAUAGAAAAAGUACCCAGAGGCCAGCAGGGUUUUGCCAGGGUGCUAAAGUUUGAGGCAGAGGGAAGGCAAAUAUCCAUUGAAAUGACAGGUAGCAGCAAAGUUCAGGUUGACGGUCAGCUGAUCAGACUACCUUUCAGCUCAGCAUCCAACAGCAUCCAAAUCUACCACAGCAGUAUUCAAAGUAUCAUUCUUCGCACCUCCUUUGGUGUAACUGUUCAGACAGUUUGGCCUCAUUUUGUGCGUGUAACUGUACCUGGUGUCUACAACGAUUUACUGGGUGGACUCUGUGGUAAUUACAAUACUCACCCACAUGAUGACUUUCGCACACCCAAUGGCGUCCUGGUCAACAGCUCUCAGGACUUUGGAGACAGUUGGCGAGAGGGCUCCCUCGCUGCACACUGCGUGGAAAGUGUAGCUAUUAACUCUACAACAAAUUACAAUUCUAGGGAGCACUGUGGCAUUCUUGACUCCCCACAUGGGCCAUUUGCUCAGUGUUGGGCCAUGGUGGACCCUCGGCAUCAUAUGGAUUCAUGUGUGGAGAUUAUAAGAGCCUCUAGAGAUCCAGCAUCAGCGCUAUGUGAGGUCCUACGUGAUUAUGCACUAAUGUGUCAACAGAAGGGCGUUGCCCUAGAACACUGGAGGAAGGCAACUGACUGUGAGCAAAACUGCCCUCGCAACAGCCAUUAUGAAUUUUGUGGAAGCUCUUGUCCUUCGACCUGCCCCAGCCUCACCUUCCCUUUCGCCUGUGACACUGUUUGCCAGGAGGGUUGCCAGUGUGAUGAUGGAUUUAUCCUCAAUGGCAACCAGUGCGUACCACCAACAGCGUGCGGAUGUAAUCACCAAGGACGCUAUUGGCAAGGUGGUGAACAGUUCUGGGAAGGUGAUGAAUGCCAGAGCUUGUGCACCUGUGAUGGCACUACUGGGUCAGUCCACUGUAUCCCCAACUCCUGUGGUCCCCAGGAGUCCUGUCGUGUGGUGGAUGGAGAAUUUGGCUGCCAUCCCAAUCCUCAUGGCACCUGCUCUGCAAAGGGUGACCCUCACUACCGAACCUUUGAUCGCAAGGCCUUUGACUUCCAGGGAACCUGCCGCUAUGUUUUGGCUACCCUUUGUAACGCCACUGAAGGGCUUCAUCAAUUUUCAGUGGAGGCAAAGAAUAAGCAAGUUAGAAGUUUAACAGUUUCAAGCACGGCUGAAGUGUUUGUAAAUGUGUGGGGCUACCAAGUGCAUAUAUCAAGGAAAAGCCACGGUGUCGUAAAGGUAAAUGGAGAAACUAAAAAUCUACCAGUUCUAUUAAAUGGAGGUCGUGUGUCUGUCAAUGCAAGGGGAUCUCGAACAUUUGUCAAUGCUGAUUUUGGCCUGCGUGUCACCUACAAUGGCAGGAGUAAAGUGUCCAUCUCUGUGCCUUCAAAUUACAGAGGAAAAACAUGUGGACUUUGUGGAAACUUUAAUGGAAAUCAAAAUGAUGAGUUCCACACCCCAUCUGGAAUGAUGGUCACCACUCCACAGGAGUUUGGGACAGCUUGGAAAGUGGCAGGAAACGACAUCUGCAGUGAUGGGUGUGGCUCCUCUUGCCCACAAUGCACCAAUGACCUACCUGCUAGAGCCCAAUGCGAUUUGAUUCAUGCGGCUGACGGCCCCUUCGGCUUCUGCCAUGAGCAGGUGGACCCAGCGCCAUAUUUCAAUGACUGUGUGUUCGAUGUAUGUGUUGGAGGAAAUGAUCUUCUAUGCGAGGCCAUUCAAACAUACGUCAGUGCCUGUCAAUCUGAUAAUGUACGAAUCUACCCAUGGAGACAGAACACCGAGUGCAGUCUUGACUGUGAAACAAUCAUGCCCAACAGCCAUUAUGAGCUAUGUGGUAACGACUGUGGCCACACCUGUGCUAGCAGCAUUGAUGCCAGCUGCGGGCAGGUUUGCUCUGAGGGAUGUUUCUGUGAUGAUGGUUUUCUCAGGAAGUGCACCAUCAGGAAUGGCCAGCUGGGCUGCUUUGAUGAUAUGUCCACUUGCACUGUGUGGGGGGACCCACACUACAUCACCUUUGAUAACAAGGCCUACAACUUCCAGGGAACCUGCCGUUAUGUGUUGGCGACUCUUUGUAAUGACACUGAUGGGCUCAAUGACUUUUCAGUGGAGGCUAAGAAUGAGCAGUGGAGAGGGUUGACAGUUUCAACGACAGCCGAAGUUUUUGUAAAUGUGUGGGGCUAUCGAGUGCAUAUGUCACGGGAGAGCCACGGUGUGGUACAAGUGAAUGGAGUAACUAAAACCUUACCUAUUCUCUUGAAUGGAAGUCGAGUUUCUAUCUAUGCAAGUGGAUCUCACACAUUCCUCAGUGCUGAUUUUGGCCUGAUUGUCAAGUACGAUGGACGGUAUACAGUGUCUAUCACUUUGCCUUCAAGUUACAGAGGAAAAACAUGUGGACUUUGUGGAAACCUCAAUGGAAAUCCAAACGAUGAGUUCCACACCCCAUCUGGAAUGAUGGUCACCACUCCACAGGAGUUUGGGACAGCUUGGAAAGUGGCAGGAGAAUACGCCUGCAGUGAUGGGUGUGGCUCCUCUUGCCCACAAUGCACCAAUGACCUACCUGCUAGAGCCCAAUGCGAUUUGAUUCAGGCGGCUGACGGCCCCUUCGGCUUCUGCCAUGAGCAGGUGGACCCAGCGCCAUAUUUCAAUGACUGUGUGUUCGAUGUAUGUGUUGGAGGAAAUGAUCUUCUAUGCGAGGCCAUUCAAACAUACGUCAGUGCCUGUCAAUCUGCUAAUGUUCAAAUACAGCCAUGGAGACAGAACACCGAGUGCACCAUGCGCAACAGCCAUUAUGAGCUAUGUGGUAACGACUGUGGCCACACCUGUGCUAGCAGCAUUGAUGCCAGCUGCGGGCAGGUUUGCUCUGAGGGAUGUUUCUGUGAUGAAGGUUUUCUCAGGAGUGGGACAAAGUGUGUCCCAGAGGAAAAAUGUGGCUGUCAAUAUGACGGGUCCUACUAUGAAGCUGGUGACUCCUUCUGGACCGAGGGUUGCUCACAGCAAUGUGAAUGCCAUGCUCCCAAUGACCUGCGCUGUUCUGCUGCAUCUUGCACUUCAACACAAGAGUGCACCAUCAGGAAUGGCCAGCUGGGCUGCUUUGAUGAUAUGUCCACUUGCACUGUGUGGGGGGACCCACACUACAUCACCUUUGAUAACAAGGCCUAUAACUUCCAGGGAACCUGCCGUUAUGUGUUGGCGACUCUUUGUAAUGACACUGAUGGGCUCAAUGACUUUUCAGUGGAGGCUAAGAAUGAGCAGUGGAGAGGGUUGACAGUUUCAACGACAGCCGAAGUUUUUGUAAAUGUGUGGGGCUAUCGAGUGCAUAUGUCGAGGGAGAGCCACGGUGUGGUACAAGUGAAUGAAGUAACUAAAACCUUACCUAUUCUCUUGAAUGGAAGUCGAGUUUCUAUCUAUGCAAGUGGAUCUCACACAUUCCUCAGUGCUGAUUUUGGCCUGAUUGUCAAGUACGAUGGACGGAGUUUGGGACAGCUUGGAAAGUGGCAGGAGAAUACGCCUGCAGUGAUGGGUGUGGCUCCUCUUGCCCACAAUGCACCAAUGACCUACCUGCUAGAGCCCAAUGCGAUUUGA